AUGUCGUAUGUUCCCAGCGAAAGUGACGCGAUUUCGAGUCUAUAUUCGUUACGUUUUUAUGGGGUAAACUCACAAACAUCUUCCUUGGCAGCGAUGAAUAGCUUUUACGCAAGCAUUACACCUUUGAAGUUUCAAAAUUCAAAAGAAGCUAUAUUGCAUUGCAGACAACUAGCAAGAGAGUAUGGUUUCAUGAUAAAACAAGAAACCAGUUCGAUUAAGCAUAUUUAUAUCUAUUGUUCACGUGAAGGGAUCACGGAUUCUCUGAAGAAAGGCAAGCAAGCAAAAAGAAAGCGUAUCUCAAAUCGAUGUGGCUGCAAAUGGAGAAUCGUUCUAUUCAAUAGUAUUCACGAAGGCAAAAACCAAUGGAAGUUUAAAAAAUCAAAUAAUCCGCAGCAUGUAGAACACAACCAUGACUUAAUUCCUGAAAAUCUUCCAGUACCUUGGCCUCCUAGCGCCCUUCAAAGGAUUAUAGAAUACGCUAAUUCCGGAUUAUCAACGGGAGAUAUAAGACAAUUGAUGAAACAAGAAUUCCCACAUUUACCUUGGGAUGAAAGGAGAUUUUAUAAUCGGUUAGCAGAAGAAAGGAAGAAAAUCAAAAUCAGAGAAACCGAAAGGAGAGUUAAUGAAACCAUCGUUUUGGCCGCACGCGUGGCUUCCUUAGCUUGUUCCAAUCAAAAAUAUACCGAAAAGGUUCAAAUUGUUUUAAAACAAGCAUUAGAAGAUAUUUGUGAGUCCUCAAAUAUUGAUCCUAACACUGUAAUCAAUAUAAGUUCUCAAGAAGAUAUGACGACUAUAUCACUUCCUUUCUCAUCGACUUCGGAUAUUGUUUGUAAUUAUCCUGCUGGCAGUUUAGCUGUUAAAAAUAUUCCUGCACAGAAAAAAAAGAAUUUGUUACCGCCACAACUUCAAAAUUUGUUUCAAUCCCAAUCUCCCAGUAUAAUGGAUUCGAAUAGUACAAGAUUUUCACCAAAGCUGGAUUUGGAUUCGACGCGUUUACAAGGAUCGUCGUCAACCUUACCAAAACAUCCCGAGUUUGAACCAAUACAACAACUACAAUCCCAAUAUGAACAGCAUACCCAAUCGAAUGUUCAAGUUCCACUUGUAUCUCAAUUAAAUCCAAACGAACUUAAUUCAUUUUCGUCGUCACAACCUAUACUUCAAGAGAACUUCUUUCCUCAUUUUCAAAAACAAGAACAACUUUACGAUUUUCAACCAACUCAAAUUAAUCCAUAUUCUCAAGAUGAUAGUAAUCAAUCCUUCAUGUCACAGGAAUAUCAUGGAAUGAAAUUUGAUCCACAUCUAUAUUAUCAGAUUCCACCUUGUGAACAGAUUAACGAACACAAGCAGCAUAUUCUAGCACCUCAAACCUAUCCUCAGAUAUACUCACAACCUCAAACAUGGGAACAGCCUAGUUUUAUAAAUUAUGAUUUUACACCAUCUUUACAAGAUACGUUGCUUCGUUCGUGUCCACAAGUGUUUACACCACCGCCGGAAGAAAUCAUAAAACAGCAAUUAUUAAGAUACAAUCCAACAACAGAAUUUCAGUCUGACCAAGAUUUAAAUAUACCACACUCAAUUCAACAUAUGAAUUCAAACAUACAAAGUCAAAAUCAACAAAUGUUUACGCCACAGUUAGUUGAAAAUAUGAAUUAUGAAAAAGCUGGGAUGGCAAGGCAACAAGCCACCUACGUACAACAAGCCAUUCCAAAUACAGGAGACCAAAAUAUUUUAUUUUUAAAUCCUCCGUUUUAA